AAAAGGACAAGAAUUGACGUCACUCGUACCAUCAAGUACGUCUGCAACAAUCUAACAAUCUUGCAAUCUAGUCAUCGCCUGUUGUUUCAUCCAUGGACGAGAUCACAUCCAGAAACUAGUAUACUCCCACGACGAGUUGGUCCUCACCAUGUCGCAACAUGAUGCCUUCGAGAACCCAAUCCCAAUUACCACCUUUCGCCCAAUUCGUGCUCGUUCUUGCAGUCCAGUGUCUCCUUUCAAUAAGCUUCUUCAAAGCUGCUACGCGGAGGGCAUCAGCAAAGCAUCUGAUACCGACACCCCAGGAAUACAGAGCCAUCCUUCUGUGCUGCCGUCCCCCUUCCAUCGUCGUCUUUCGACCCUUUCUCGAGACGAAUACCAAGUCGAGAGUCUCGCCCCCGAGGCCUUUGCGAAUGCGCCAGUGUUUGACGAUUCGCCAGAGACAACGCUGGCUGAGGGCAACAAAAGGCAGAUCACUGAAAUCGAGGCCUCGCAGAAGCAGGAAGACGGCGUCCGGAUGACUGCCCAUUCGGACCGCCGUGCUCGUGAGAAGAUCAUUAGGUGUGAUUGGGAACGUGACCAUGCUGAAGAGUUGCGCAAGAAAUCACACUGCGAGAUGAUAGCUCUGUCGAGCUCCGACUUAUGA